AUGUCCCAGUUCCUCGCCCCGAGAUACCCCUCCUCCUUAUCGUCGUCCAUCCACAAGCUGUUUCUCCCGAGAAUAUUCACAUCUCAGCUUUGUAAUCAAUCUCUCACGACCGCUCAGUGCCGCCGCAGUAUUAAACCCGUUGUUGCUUCGCCAAUUCCAGCCAAAGGACAGUCUCGUGCUUUCCGUACAUCCCCCGUGCCGUCCAUCGACCUCUCACCAGCCCCGCACUUCACAAUGGCCUCUUCCCUCCCCACCAUCAUGAACGGUGUCCAGAUCCCCCGUACCGGCGGCGUCGAGGUCCUCGAGUACCACACCGACCUGCCCGUGCCCGCCCUCUCCGAGGGCCACGUCCUUGUGCGGAACGAGUACGCCGGCAUCAACUAUAUCGACACCUACUUCCGUACAGGUCUGUACAAGGGUCCCCUCCCCAACAUUCUCGGCCGCGAGGGCGCCGGCACCGUCGUCGCCGCUCACCCCUCAGUCUCCGGUUUCCAACCCGGUGAUCGCGUGGUCUACAUGGGCUCCUUCGGCUCCUACGCCACCUACUCCGCCGUCACAGCCGACAACCUGCAGCGCAUCCCAGACGGCGUGUCCACCGACCAGGCCGCUGCCGCCCUGCUCCAGGGCCUGACGGCGUGGACUUUUGUCCGCGAGGCCGGUGUCGUGCAAAAGGGCGAAUGGGUCCUGGUGCACGCGGCCGCGGGCGGCGUCGGCCUUCUGCUCGUCCAGAUGCUCCGCGCCGUCGGCGCAAAGGUCAUCGGCACCACCAGCAGCGACGAGAAGUGCGAGUUGGCGCGCAAGAACGGCGCCGAGUGGAUCGUCAACUCCAAGUCGCAGAACCUCGUCGAGGAGGUCAAGAAGAUCACCGGCGGCCACGGCGUCGACGUCAUCUUUGACGGCGUCGGAAAGGCCACUUUCGAUAGCGACCUGGAGAUGGCGGCGCGCAAGGGCCGUCUGGUCAUCUUUGGUAACGCGUCGGGCGCCGUGCCACCCUUUGACAUCCUCAAGCUCGGCCCCAAGAACCUCAAGGUCAUGAGGCCCAUCGUGAACGGCUACGUCGCGACGAGGGACGAGCUGGAAAAGUACACCUCGGAGCUGUUUGAGAUGAUCACCUCGGGCAAGCUCCACGUCGCCAUCCACAACGCUUACCCGCUCAGCGAGGUCAAGACGGCGCACACGGACCUCGAGAGCCGCAAAACUACCGGCAAGCUCCUGCUCAAGAUUGAUUGA